UGAAGGUCUCUGUGGCUUUAGAGGGCUUGAUUCUCCUUGCCACCUCCGUUUGGCCUUCUACUGUGAAAAUCAAUAUGCAAGUGAGCUGUUCUGUGGACUGGCUGAUGGUUACCGUCAACCCCUCUGCUUGCAGCAGCCAUCUGUAUAUUCUUGCUGAUGAAUUAUUUUUAGGAACGGGCUGUCCUGCAACCCGGAUACAAACAUACGCAUAUGAUUUUGUAUACCCUGUUAACGCUUGUGGCAUCAAGACAAAGGUUAUUUCAAGCGAUGCUGUCCUUUUUCAAACAGAGAUGCAUUUUAUCCCCAGGACUAUGCAUUAUGCCAGUCAAAAAUUUCCUCUGGAGUGUUUAGCCUCAAGAAAAUCAGUGUGGCUUACAACAGUUUCUACCAGUAAUGAAAUGAAAGUGAAUAGCAGUCCCUUUACUGCUGAUUUUGAGACAACUCCAGAAGAGAUAGGAUUACUAAAUUCUCAUCAGAUUGGCUCCCUCUUUUAAGGAAAAACAGGAAAUUGGAAUGGUACUCUUCAUGGUGUGAUUGAGCUAUUCAAUUAUAUAUGAAUUAUAUGCCAAUGAAACUAUUACUUUUUUUUUCAAAGAGUAAAAGAAUUGAUAUAAAUGUCUGUUGAGGUAACAGAACCCUAAAAUUCAGUAAAACGCCUGAUCAUUAUAAGUAUACAUUUAGAUACUUUUGAUCUAAUGCUAUUAGGUAAUUCUUAGUAUCUACUUUGAUUCUUUUCUCUGCUAUUGUAGAUUUGACAAGACGUCCUCAUGACACUCCUUUCACCAUUUUGAUAGGACCCACCAGGAGAUAAAUUCUGAAAAUCUUUAGUUAAGAAAGAAGACUACAGAGAUAGGCAUGCAAAUGUAUAGUUUUGAC